AUGGCGGCUUUUACCCAGAAGAAAUCUGUCGAAAAAGGCAAUAGGUGGAUCGUUCCAGUCACUCGGUUACAUCAUGGGGAGCCCAUGUCGCUGCGCCGUACACUUGCAUUACCCCGGAACUUUUGGACCUCGGGUGGAGUCAACCCAAUGCGCUUGACGACAACGAUGGUGGUAACGGGUGGGAGGUCUCAGCUGUCUAG